GUUGAUCAAAAUGCCUUUGACUAUGGCACUUCAGCAUUAACGUACGUACAUUGCAAGAAUCCUCAAAUGCAUACCUCUCUCUCUCUCUGUGAUUUCAUGUAAGAUCAGGUGCAUUUUGGUAGUUUCACCUAUAAAGUUGGGAUUUUGAGGAAAGUAGAGUUAUCAGCAUGCAGAGCACUAGGUCAUAUAAGGAUACUGUCUUCAAUACUCUUCUAAUUUCCAAGCCAGAAGAGAAAUAUUAGAACACAGGAAAAAUUUGGUAUUGGAAAUGGGACGCGGAAAGAUACCAAUCAGGAGGAUUGAGAACCAGACCACAAGGCAAGUGACCUUCUCCAAGCGCCGAUCCGGGCUGUUGAAGAAGACUCACGAGCUUUCUGUUCUUUGCGAUGCCCAAAUUGGGCUCAUUAUCUUCUCAAGCACUGGAAAGAUGUGUCAGUACUGCACUGAGCCUUUGAGAAUGGAGGAAAUCAUAGAAAGGUACCAAAAGGUCACUGGCACUUGUGUUCCUGAGCACGAUGCCCGGGAACAAAUAUAUGCUGAAAUAUCAAUGCUGAGAGCAGAAACUCAUCGUCUUCAGCUUGGCAUGCAACGUUACACUGGUGAGGACACGAGCUCCUUAACGUACGAGGAUUUGGAUCAACUUGAACAAGAACUAGAGCACUCCAUUAACAAAAUUCGAGAUCGGAAGAACGAGCUCUUGAACCAGCAGAUGGACAACCUGAGAAGGAAGGAGCGGAUGUUGGAGGAUGAAAACAGCAGCAUGUACCAUUGGAUUCAGGAGAACCGAGCAGCCAUAGAGUAUCAGCAGGCGGCAAUGGAGGGAAAGACAGUGGAGCAUCAACAAGUUGGAGAUCAUUUCUCGUUAUAUGGAGACCAACCCAGUAGUGUGCUUCAACUUGCCACCAUUCCUCCUCAUAUUCAGCCAUAUCAUCUCCAACUUGCUCAGCCCAAUCUUCGAGAUUAACUUUCGUCUCCAAUUCCAUAGGAUUGAGGUUUAGUGAGAUGAGUUUCUUAUAUGAUCAAGAAGAUGAAGGAAUAAAAGCUCAUGACAUUGUUAUCAAGAUGAAGACUCGCGGUUACUUGUGUGGAACAUUCUAAGUUUCUGAACCUACGUAUUUUAACUAGUAAAGAAAUUUGUUAGCAUUUUCAAAUAACUCUAUCCAGCCGUUUACCAAGGAAUUGACUCUAGUAUGUUUUAAAAGUUUCCAUGCACUCUAGCAACUAUUUUGUUAGCUAGAGAGAACAAGAGAGCUAUCUAUACAUGAAUGAUACGAUCAUUUAAUGGUAAUGCUCC